GAGCCUGGACGUGGCUGAGCUCAUCCCGACACCUUCUGCAUAACUCCCAUUCCACACCAUCACUGCCGUCUCUCGUAUCGACUACACAUCUCCAUAACCCACUGAGGCUUGGUUUCCUGGUGAGCCAUGUCCGCCGCUCAGAACGCGCAGAAUCAACCGAAAAAGAUCAGGAUCACGGCAGUUGUUGCUGCCGAUGGUCUGUCGAAGCGCGAAGUCUUCCGCCUGCCUGACCCCUUUGCGGUCAUCACGGUCGAUGCGGAGCAGACGCACACCACCAGCGUUAUCAAGAAGACACUGAACCCGUACUGGAAUGAGAGCUUCGACAUCUUCGCGAAAGACUCCUCUGUCAUUGCCGUUCAAAUCUUUGACCAACGCAAGUUCAAGAAGCGGGAUCAGGGCUUCUUGGGCGUAGUCAACAUUCGUGUCGCCGAUGUGAUUGACCUCGAGCUGGGUGGACAUGAGAUGCUUACACUGGACCUUAAGAAGUCCAACGACAACCUUGUCGUGCACGGCAAACUCAUCCUCUACCUCUCGACUAACGUCAGCCAGCCCAUCAGCAACCCCGGCCCCUCACAAGUGAACGGCGUCACCGAGACACUCUCAGGCUUAUCGCUCAACUCGUCGGCGACAGCUAGUACUAACAACCUUACAGCGGGUUCGCUAUCGCGCACCCCAAGUGCCCACGAGACGGCGGCAUCCGCGCAGGCGGCGAUGCCCCAGCCAUAUACGGCGCCUCCACCUGCAGCGGCGCCAGACCCUGAACAGACUCAAUUACCGCCCUCUCGUCCGAUCAGCACAGGUACGACUCCUGCAGCCGCUGGAACCCCUGAAUUGCAGCCGCCUGCAACCAGUCCCGGCGCAGCGGGUCACGCCGCGUCCAACAACAAUGCCCAGCUCCGCAACUUCAACCCGCACGUCGACCAGUAUGGACCGCUACCAGAUAACUGGGAGCGCCGGAUCGAUCCUCUCGGCCGGACGUACUAUGUCGACCACAACACGCGCACUACGACAUGGAACCGACCGUCGUCCAGCCAGAGAGCGAACACGCACGCGCAGGACGGGCAGACGAACGCUGCGCGGGACCAGCACAACCGCCGGAUCCUCGUCGAUGACAUGCUCGAGGCGACUAACACCGCAAGCAACGCCAGCACCCCGCCCGCACGUCCGCAGACGGCCAACACGGCUGCUGCUGCUGUUGCCGCGAGCCAGCACCAGACGAGCUCGGGCGGGGGUCCGCUGCCCGCUGGCUGGGAGGAGAGGUACACGCCCGAGGGCCGGCCAUACUAUGUCGACCACAACACACGCACGACGACGUGGGUGGACCCGCGGCGGCAGACGAUCAUCCGGGUGAUGGGCCCGACAGGGCAGAACACGGCACUGCAGCCGCAGACCAUUUCGCAGCUGGGUCCACUGCCGUCCGGGUGGGAGAUGCGCCUGACGUCGACAGCGCGGGUGUACUUCGUGGACCACAACACGAAAACAACGACGUGGGACGACCCGCGACUGCCGUCGACGCUGGACUCGAACGUGCCGCAGUACAAGCGCGACUUCCGCAGGAAACUGAUCUACUUCAGGAGCCAGCCCGCGAUGAGGGCGCAGCCGGGCAACUGCCAGAUCAAGGUCCGGCGGAACCACAUCUUCGAGGACAGCUAUGCGGAGAUCAUGAGGCAGACGCCGAGCGACCUGAAGAAGCGUCUGAUGAUCAAGUUCGACGGGGAGGACGGUCUGGAUUAUGGUGGUCUCUCGAGAGAAUUCUUCUUCCUGCUCUCGCACGAGAUGUUCAAUCCAUUCUACUGCCUGUUCGAGUACUCCGCGCACGAUAACUAUACCCUCCAGAUCAACCCCGCAUCAGGCGUGAACCCGGAGCACCUGAACUACUUCAAGUUCAUCGGGCGCUGCCUGGGCCUGGGCAUCUUCCACCGGCGGUUCCUCGACGCGUACUUCAUCACCGCGUUCUACAAGAUGAUCCUCCGCAAGAAGGUGACGCUCGCGGACCUGGAGAGCGUCGAUGCGGAGCUGUUCCGCGGGCUGACGUGGAUGCUCGAGAACGACAUCACGGAUGUGAUCGACGAGACGUUCACGACGACGGAGGAGCGCUUUGGCGAGAUGGUCACCGUAGAGCUCAAGCCCGGCGGCGCGGACGUGCCCGUCACGGAGGAGAACAAGAAGGAGUAUGUCAACUGCGUGGUGGAGUACAGGAUUUCGCGCCGUGUGAAGGACCAGUUCGACGCGUUCAUGUCUGGGUUCAGCGAGCUCAUCCCGCAGGACCUCAUCAACGUCUUCGAUGAGCGCGAGCUCGAGCUGCUCAUCGGCGGUAUGUCCGAGAUCGAUGUCGACGACUGGAGCAAGUUCACGGACUACCGCGGGUACGAGGUGAACGACGAGGUCGUGCAGUGGUUCUGGAAGUGCGUGCGGAGCUGGCCGCCGGAGCGCAAGUCGCGGCUGCUGCAGUUCGCGACGGGGACGUCGCGGAUCCCCGUGAACGGGUUCAAGGACCUGCAGGGCUCAGACGGCCCGCGCCGGUUCACGAUCGAGAAGAGCGGCGACCCGAGCCAGCUGCCCAAGAGCCACACGUGCUUCAACCGCAUCGACCUCCCGCCGUACAAGGACUACGCGACGCUCGAGCAGAAGCUCACGUUGGCGGUGGAGGAAACGGUUGGCUUCGGUCAAGAGUAACAUGCAGCUCUCCUCGUUUCUUCAUGUGUCCCGCCCCCUUUCGUCCCCUUUCAUCCUCUCUCCUCGUUUCGGCCUAUGCCCCUCUUCACAGUCUGGUAUGCUCGGUGAAAUGAUCCCGGUGUCUUGA